AUGCCAAACAGAAAGUGGUGUUUUGUUCCAAAUUGUACAAAUACAACACCAAAAAAAAUUUUCGUGAGUGUUCCAAAAGCUCCUCAACAACGUAAACAGUGGUUUGACAGAGCUCGGCGAGAUGUGAAAUCAGUUUCUUCCAAGUCGACUAUGUACUGCUGCGAAGAUCAUUUCGACCUGGAAAAUGAUAUGGAAAACUACUUGGAAUAUAAGUUGAGUACCGUUCGAGCCCGCAUGAAACCUGAGGUUGUACCACAUAAAUUUGCAUGUCAACCGGGCAGACGCUUCAUCUCUACAAAACAGCGAGUGUUCAGCGUGAAAAGAGCAAGGCAGAAAGAUAUCGCGGAAUAUUUGCAGCCGGUGCCGGUUGCGGGGCCCUCAACCGAAAAGUCCGAACCUGAAGGCGUGGAAGUAAUCGAGGUAGAUCAACCACGGUUAUGUAACAAAGCAUGCCAAACAAAGAAAGAUUUAAGAAACAAGUCCGUUCAAGUCUCGCAAAAACAACUCAGAAAAACAGAUUUCAAACCCUCCAAAAGUAUGUUUAAAACUGGAAAAUGUACAGGCAAAUCCUGAAAGUUCCCCAGAAACAGAAACAUCCAAUUUUUAGACAGUCUUCCAGAUCACAGCGCAGAGGUUUGAAUCUCUGUUUAAUAAGUACUUAGAGAUAUAGU